UGAUAAAAAAAAAAUUAAACGUUAGCAAUAUCGUUACAAAGCUAACUAUUUUAAUAUGUAAAUUGCUUGAAAGAAAGAAAUGAAUUUCUUUUUUUUUAGAUACUUUAUCUUUUAUUAUGGACAAAUCAAUUCGUAAUAAUAGAGUAACUCGACGAUACAAAUAUCUUUUGCUAACAAUGUUUUGAAUUAUUUAUAGAAGAAAGGGGUUUUUUUUUAUUUUUACUGCUUUUUAUAGAUUACAAAUAAUUCUGAGACAAUGUAUCUUAGAAGAAAUUAAAUAAAAAAAAUAAAGGUAAAAAAAUUAUCUAAAAAAAAAAGAGUCAUACAUUGAAGAGAAAUUGUCAAGAGAACACGCAAUUUAAAUCGAUUGAGAGAAAAUUUGUACCUCUACAGAAAUAAUUUUGAAAAAUAAAAAUUUUCUAAAAAAUUAUUAUUUGUUUAAAGGAAAAUAUUUUUUACAAAAUUUUUUUUACAUUUUUUAAUAUUUAAUUUUUUUUUAUAAACUUUUUAAAAAAGGCACUAUAUGUCGUAUCAGAGAAAAGAGUCAUUAUAUUUGGGUGAAUAUUCAUAUGCAAUGUUUCAAUUUUGUGGAUUUUGGAGACCAGUUCAAUGGAAAUCAUUAUGGAAAAUUUAUAUUUACAGUGUUUAUUCAACAAUUUCUGUAAUAAUGUUUGUUAUAUUUAAUUUUUGUUUUUUCAUAUCAAUGUUUAAACCACAUGACAGUAUUGAAACACAAAUACAAAGUAUUUUUUACUGUUGUACAUUUCUUAUGGCAUUAAUAAAAUUGACAAUUUUAUUUUGGACACGUAAAACAUUUAUUGAAUCAAAUCAAAUGUUUUUGUCCGAAAUUUGUCAGCCUUGCGAUGAUGAAGAAAUUGCUAUACUACGAGAUUGUUCUCGUAUAGGAAAGCGAAAUACAAUUUUGUUUUUUAUUUUGGUACAUAUUACCGGAGUGGUAAUGUAUUUGGUACCAUUGGCAUCAAAAAAUGUAACAUCACUUCCGUUAGCAACAUGGGUACCAUAUUCUCUUGAAAAUAAUAUUGUAUUCAAGUUAUCAUAUUUGCAUCAUUCAAUUGGAAUGUUUACAACAGUGACAAUUUCAAUUGCCAUGGAAAGUUUAGCAUUAACAAUUACAUUACAAAUUUGUGGACAACUUGAUAUAAUUAUUCAUCGUUUAAAUUUACUUCCCGAUUUAUGGAAAAAUAAUAAUAAUAAUAAUAAUAAAAAAAAUUCUAAUCCAUAUGAUGAAGAAAUAAAACUCACCAAACGUUGUAUAAGACAUCAUCUUUAUGUAUAUUCUUUGGGAGAAAAUUUAAAUAAACAAUUUGGUCCAGUGAUUUUCAUACAAUUUUUUGCCUCAAUGAUAAAUCUUUGUGCUAUUAUAUAUAAUUUAUCAAAAUUAGAUCCUGAUGGUAGAAUAUAUUGGCUUAUGGUUUCUUCAGUUGGAAGUUAUACAUUUCAAAUUUUUAUUUAUUGUUUUUAUGGUGACAAAGUUACAGAAAAGAGUUCAGAUGUAGGAAAGGCAAUUUAUUUUCUUGACUGGCAUGGAUUAACAAUAAAAACAAAAAAAAAUCUUAUAACAAUAAUGAUAAGAUCAACAAGGCCUAUUAGGUUAACAGGUGCAUCAUUUGUCAUCAUGUCAAUUGAUACAUUUAUGAAAAUUGUUAAAUCAGCAUAUUCUGCAUACAAUUUACUAAAAAGACAAUAAAUUUUUUGUUUUAACAAUUUGAAAGAAAGUAGUAAUAAAAAUUAAUUAGCAUUUAUAAUACUAAUUUGUUUGUCGUUUUAUGUAGGAUUUAAAUAAUAAAAUACA